AUGACCGCCCGUCUUGUCCUGGUCAUCGGUGACCUAUUCAUUCCCGACCGUGCUCCUGUGAGAUCUCCCACCCAAGGUAUGCCUUCACCUAUCAUCGACACCCGCCCUCACCGAGACCUCGAUCCAGACCUAACAAUUGACCCCUCGCCUUCUUUGAUAGUUCCGGAAACUCCUCUCCCCGGAAAGAUCGGCCAGAUCUUAUGUCUGGGCAACUGCACCGACCGUGAGACCUAUGAGUACCUCCGCGGGGUCGCCCCGGACCUGCAAAUGGUCAAGGGCGACUUUGACGUUGACUCGCCCAACCUCCCCGUCUCAAAGAUUGUUGAACAUGGAAACCUGCGGAUCGGAUUUACUCAUGGCCACACCAUCGUCCCGAAUGGCGACGCCGACGCCCUCUUGAUCGCUGCCCGCCAAAUGGAUGUCGACAUCUUGCUCUGGGGCGGUACCCAUCGCUUCGAGGCAUUCGAGAUGGAAGGUCACUUCUUUAUCAACCCGGGAAGCGCCACGGGUGCUUUGAGCUCCGGAUUCUGGCCAGAUGGUGAAGAGCCGACACCGAGCUUCUGCUUGAUGGAUAUCCAAGGUGAUGUCCUCGUCCUCUACGUCUACCAGCUCAAGACCGACGCCAACGGUAUCGAGAAUGUAUCUGUUGAGAAGGUCUCCUUCCGCAAGAACCGCGCGCCGGAUGCUGCGACUGCGACGACCGCGGCGGCGGCACCAGCACCGGCCCAGGCUGCUGCAACUGCGGACUCGUGA